AAACAAUUUUUAUUGUAAACAACUAAAACAAUUUCAAAUUAAGCGAGAAAUUUAAUUCUGACAUUUGGGCAACGCGGCAACAUUUUAGGGAAUAUCCAAUACAAAUCUUAUUAGACUGAAAACAAGCACAAUUGGAAUAUUAAUUUUAAAAUUUUGAAUGAUUUACAACACAAUGGAACUGCAUCAACGACAUCUUUCAAAUUUCUACAAAUUGCACAAGUAAAUAUUAGAGUAUAUUGUGAUUCGAAUUGCAUUGGGCAAUUGCUACAGACACACGCCCACACGGAGCGCCAAGAUGCCCAACAUGUCGAGCAUAAAGACGGAGCAGAGCGCGUCACCCGGUGCCACCGGCUGCAGCUAUCAGCUGCCGGUGAACAUGUCCACAACGACAGCGGCGCCCACUGUGCGCCACAAUGUGUCCGUGACGAACAUCAAGUGCGAGGUGGAGGAGCUGCCCACGCCGAAUGGCAACCUGGUGCCGGUUAUAGCAAACUACAAUAAUCAUAAUCAUAAUCACAAUCACAAUCAUAGCGGGGGCAACAGCAGCAGCAGCCUGCGCAUACCGCUGGGCGGCGGCGGCAAGGACGAGGAUGAGUCCGACUCGGAGGCGGAGCUGGCCAACAUUGAGAAUCUGAAGGUGCGCCGACGGGCAGCCGACAAGAACGGACCGCGACCCAUGUCCUGGGAGGGUGAACUCAGCGACGCCGAGACGAACGGCGGCGAGGCGCCGGACGAGGAGCUUAUGGAAACGGAGACGGUGGUCAAGAGCGAGGCCAGCAGCGGAGCCACCAGCAUCACAUUGGCAGGCCGCCAAGUGAACGCGAUGCUGCAGCCGAUCAAAACUGAACUGGAGCACAUAGCCGGCGAGAUGCAGCAGCAGCAUCAGCAGCAGCAGCAGCUCCAGCUCCAGCUGCAACCCAUCAAGCAGCAGCAGCAGCAGCUGCUGCAGCAGAGCUUUGGGCCCAACAAGCUGAAGCUGGCGCCCACCCAAAGUGAUCCCAUCAAUCUGAAGUACGAGCCGGCGUCUGCGCUGUGCGAUCGCAGCAAGUCGAGCAGCGGCGGCCAUCUGCCGCUGUUGCCCGCCAAUCCCAGUCCCGACUCUGCCAUACAUUCCGUCUACACGCACAGCAGCCCCUCCCAAUCGCCGCUGACCUCGCGCCAUGCCCCCUACACACCAUCGCUGAGCCGUAACAACAGCGACGCCUCGCACAGCAGCUGCUAUAGCUACAGCUCCGAAUUCAGUCCGACGCACUCGCCCAUCCAGGCGCGCCAUGCGCCGCCCGCGGGUGCCGCUCUCUUUCCCGGCCAUGCCAAUGGCGGCGGCGGCGGACUGCAUCAUCAUAGCGUGCUGUAUCCGCCGCUGAAUGUGGACGCAACCGUUGCCGGACAGGAAGCGCAAAAUCUCAGCAUGGAUGGCAGCAGCAGCAGCGGAGGCGGCGGCGGCGGCGGUGCCCUGGAUGCGAUUGCCACGCUGCCGGCCUCGCCGGCGGGCAUCUCGCGGCAGCAGCUCAUCAAUUCGCCGUGCCCGAUUUGUGGCGACAAGAUCAGCGGCUUCCACUACGGCAUCUUCUCGUGCGAGUCGUGCAAGGGCUUUUUCAAGCGCACCGUACAGAAUCGCAAGAACUAUGUAUGCGUGCGCGGCGGUCCCUGCCAGGUGAGCAUCUCGACGCGCAAGAAGUGCCCCGCCUGCCGCUUCGAGAAGUGCCUGCAGAAGGGCAUGAAACUGGAGGCCAUACGCGAGGAUCGCACACGCGGCGGUCGCUCCACCUAUCAAUGCUCCUACACGCUGCCCAAUUCAAUGCUCAGCCCCCUGCUCAGUCCCGAUCAGGCCGCCGCCGUUGUCAGUCAGCAGCAGCAGCAGCAGCAACAACAGCAGCAGCAGCGUCUACAACAACACCAUCAACAACAACAACAACAACAGCAGCAGCAGCAGCAACAGCAUCAGCAGCAACAACAACAGCAUGGCCCACUCAAUGGCUUUGGCGGCGGCUCCAAUUCGCUGCCGGCGAGUCCCAGCCUCGGCGCAUCCAUCAAGACGGAGCAAACGGAGUCCCUCAAUCAUCACACGACAUCGCGAGCCUCAAGCAUUCCAGCCCUGCUACAGGAAAUCAUGGAUGUUGAACAUCUCUGGCAAUAUACUGAUACGGAACUGGCGCGCAUUAAUCAGCCGCUGUCCUCAUUUGCAUCUGGCGGCAGUUCGUCGAGCGCCGCGGGCGGUUCGAGCACCGCCGGACAGCCAGCUGGCAAUGCACAACAGAUGACCAAUCCACUGCUGGCCAGUGCUGGUCUCUCGUCCAAUGGCGAGAACGCCAAUCCCGAUCUGAUUGCCCACCUCUGCAACGUGGCGGAUCAUCGCCUCUACAAGAUCGUCAAAUGGUGCAAGAGUUUGCCGCUCUUUAAGAAUAUCUCGAUUGACGAUCAGAUCUGCCUGCUCAUCAAUUCGUGGUGUGAACUGCUGCUCUUCUCCUGCUGUUUUCGUUCCAUUGAUACGCCCGGCGAGAUCAAGAUGUCGCAGGGCCGCAAGAUUACCCUGGCGCAGGCCAAAACCAAUGGCUUACAGGCCUGCAUUGAACGCAUGUUGAAUCUGACGGAUCAUUUGCGGCGCCUGCGCGUUGAUCGUUACGAAUACGUUGCCAUGAAGGUAAUCGUGCUGCUGCAGUCCGAUACCACGGAGUUGCACGAGGCGGUCAAGGUGCGCGAGUGCCAGGAGAAGGCGCUGCAGGGCCUGCAGGCCUACACGUUGGCCCAUUAUCCCGAUACGCCGUCCAAAUUCGGGGAGCUGCUGCUGCGCAUACCCGAUCUGCAGCGCACGUGUCAGCUGGCCAAGGAGAUGCUGACGAUCAAGACGCGCGAUGGCGCAGAUUUCAAUUUGCUGAUGGAACUGCUGCGCGGAGAGCAUUGACAAAUGUUGUGGGCCAUGGAACGCUGUCGGCGCCAUUGUUGGGGUUAAGGCGGACAUAAAAGUUUUAUAUGAUUAGUAUUAGUAUGUCUAUGCGUAGCUCUAAGUGCUCUAUGUGUAAGCUCUGGAAAACAUGUGCCUAAAAGAUGAACCUACCGCCAACACAGCAACAACAACAACGACAACAUCAACAACAACAACAACUAUAACGAGCAGCAACAGCAACAAAAUUGAUAGCCUUUAAAGAGAAGAGCAUUAAAACCCAGCGCGAAAUUGCCAAAUUUUUGAAAAACAUAUAUCUGUAUAUUGUGUAUGCAAAAAUUGUUGUAUGUGCGUUUGUUGUU